AAAACAUGCCGCAGGCGACACUCGGCGCACAUCUUCCCUCCUUCACUCAAGCAUGAUGUGUACUAUCGUUAACCCAUGAGCAUUCCCCUUCUGAACACCUGUGCUGUCAUCUUUCGUAGAAUUUUCGGCGCAAACACAUCUACUACUGCGAACAUGGACAACGAUCAGGCUGUGGUGGCAGAAAAGGAACCGGGGCUAUUCAUGCAUUACAAAUUUGCGAUCAUCCGCAGUGCUGCCCUUCCAGAGAAUGAAGCUGAAUCUAGAGCGGCCGAACUGAAACUACACGAUGGCGAGGUUAUGAUUGACCAAUAUCCACAAACUCGUCUGGAUCUUCGAGGCAUUACACAUGUCAUCUCUGCAACCUCCGACUUCCCCGAUUAUAACUCCUGUUCCGAUGCGCUCAUACCUGUCAUCAAGCCCACCUGGGUUGAGCAUUCACUCGCGAAGAAUAGACUCCUAAAUCCACGUCAAUAUAGCCCAGACCCUCGCUACUUCAUGUCCGAUGUUGUCGCCUGUGUUGGUGAUUUGCCACAAGGUGAUGCCGACGCAAUAGCAGGAGGAAUACUGGCUAUGGGAGGCUUGUUCUCUACAAAGCUCACAAAUCAAAUAACUCACAUUGUUGCGCUGUCUCUGGACUCAGACGCUGUCGCAACUGUCGCAAAGAAGAAACUUGUCCUCAAAGUUGUCUUGCCUCAUUGGGUGGACGAUUGUUUAAAAUUGGGAAGAAAGAUUGACGAAUAUCCUUAUCAGUUGCCGCAUCCAGAGAUCCUGGAACCUGCCUCUGAUAGGGCUCCUACCGCAAAGCAUAACCACCAGGUGGACGGGGCUGUACAUCCCGACCCUGUGCUAUUCAAGCAAAAUCCCAAUCCACCGCGAAAGCUGCAGAAUGUUUUCAAGAAGAAAGCCAUCAUGCUAGCGAAUGACUUGGGCAUUAGCCAAUAUCUUCGUGAGACGCUGGCCGCUCUGAUAACCACUGGUGGAGGGGCAGUCACAGACUCGUUAUCCAAAGCCGAUAUGUAUAUCUGCAAGUAUCGAGAAGGAGCAGAUUACAAAGCGGCCUCGAGAGAAGGGAAAGAUGUGGGAAAUUUGUCCUGGCUCUACUUCUUAAUACAAACCGACCAGUGGACAUCGCCAAUGCGACGCAUGUUACACUAUCCACUGGCAAAGAAUGGGCUUCCCGGUUUUCCCGGACUCGUCAUAAGUCUCUCAAACUACAGUGGUGAAGCAAGAACGUAUCUUGAGAAUAUGAUCAUCGCCACGGGAGCCAAAUGCACCAAAACCCUCAAGCAGGACAAUACGCACCUCAUCACCGCCCACGACCACAGCGAAAAGUGCACGGCCGCGAAAGAAUGGGGGGUCCACAUUGUCAACCACCUCUGGUUGGAAGAGAGCUAUGCACGGUGGAAGAUGCAGAGCAUAACCGACAGAAGAUACACCCACUUUCCCCAGCGCACAAACCUGAGUGAGGUUGUUGGUUCCACUCAAUUGGACCGUGAUGUCCUUGAGAAGCGUUUCUUCCCUGAUGAUGACACCGAAAUGACGGGUGUCGCUAAGAACGGACCAACGCAUCGAGUGGAUAAAAAAGCAGUUGAUGCCGAACAGCCGUCCUCUGUGAGAAGGACCAAGAGCGAGCAAGCCACCAAAUCUGGCCUUGGUAGGGGUAUGCAGAAACCGCAUACCCCAGCGACCCCCAGGUUCAACGCAGUGGAAAAGGAGAACAUAACCCCACCAACAAUGAACAGUCGCAAGUCCAAAGAAAUUGCAGUGUCUCGAUUGCAAGCGCAAGCCGAAGAUAUCCUCCUCUUCACCAAAGAGAGCAAACGAAAGGGCGGCGUCAUCUACGGUGGGCGACGCAAGUCGGACCCCGAUCGUGUCCAACUGGGUCGGAAAAGACCGAUGGAUGAAGUAGACGACGUCGACAUGUUAGACGAGGGUGAUGCGAAAAAAUCCAAGCGCGAAGAUGCCCCCACAAUUCGUCUUGUGGUUUCUGGGUACAAGAGGUGGGUGAAUAAGAGCAAAGUCGAGGAUCAUGACAAGAAACACCUUCGCGACCUCGGGAUUCUCGUUACUUCCGACGCCAGCAAAGCGACACAUCUUGCAGCCCCCAGAAUUGUCCGGACGGUGAAAUUCGUGACUGCUCUUGCUUACGCGCCCUUGGUUAUCUCGACGGAUUUUAUUGAUGAUUGUCUUGUUGGCGACAAGUUACUCGACCCAGAGAAGUACAAGCUGCGCGACAAAGAAAGCGAGAAGAACAUUCAGCUCAAUCUGGAUAAUUCUCGACAGCGGGCGCAAAAGAAUGCAAAUAAACUUCUUCAGGGCCGGUGUGUCUACUGCAUGGAGAAUAUCCCUAGGGGCUUUGACGUAUACAAAGCCAUUGUAGAAGCCAACGGUGGGCGGUGUAUGUUGUGGAAGAAUCGCAAAGGAACGAUAGUUCCGUCCGGACGAGCAGACGGCGAGGUGUUUACAGAUACCGAUGACAACCACGAUGUAUAUUUGCUGAGUCACGAAGAAGGCGACCAUCACGGUCUAUGGUCACGCUUCAAAGAGAUGGCUGAGGGCAGUCGGAAAGUGCCUAAAAUCGUGACGUCAAGCUGGCUUCUGGAAACUGCAAUCUCCCAGGAGAUUAUGCCAACGAAACCGCACGAGUUGUCGAGAGAUGAUAACGUAUUCUGAUGAAUCGAAUGAAUGUUUGGCGUUUCAGGGCCACAGCCGGUAUGGAGUGCCUUGUCUGGCUGUACACCAUUUAGAAGAAUUUGACACCUUGCUGAUCCUC